GAUAGGCUAUUUAAAUAGCCUAUCUAUUUCCUUUUGUACACUGAUUAUUUGUCGUUUUUAUUCAUCCUGUCAGCUCUACAGAAUGUUUUUCUCGCUGCACUUUGUUUUGCUAAGCAUGGCUUUAGCGGACAGCACACCCAAUGCUGAAGGUAACACGUUACUCUAAUUAUGACGACUGAAAAGCAAUGCCUUUGUUCACGCUAGUCUAUUUAUUAUUAGAUAGAAUUAUGUUUAUUUGUUUUUGUUAUAUACUCAAUAUAUUAAUUUUAUCAGUUAAGAAUUUGAAUUGUAUACAUUAUGGCAUAGGACCUGAGAAAUUGAGUCCAAGAAAAUGCAAGUUCUAAAAUGUAUUUGUUUACAACAAGGAGAUUCAAGAAUACAUUUUUUGUUGAUUAUUAAUAUGAAUGUAUAAUUACAGUACGUUCGUGGCAAUUCCUUGUUGAAUGUAUUACUUUUAGAUUCUACACUUAAAGUAUGUUAAUAUGUUUUAUUUGCUAUUAAUUUGUCCUCUUUAUUUUCAAUUCAACGUGUUAAUUUUUCCAUAAAUCAAUGUGUACCCAGACUGCAUCAAAUCCAAUGGUGUGGAGUACAGAGGGGAAAAACAGAGCUCCUCCACAGGACUAACCUGUCUAAACUGGACUAACACAACCCGGGACUAUGAUGUUAUGGCAUAUACAGAUUCACAAAUGGGUAAAUUACAUUGUAAUUUCAUGACACAAUCAAACAUGUAAUAUGCCAUCAAAUUGAUAAUUCAUUGAUUUGACACAAGUUCUCAUCUGCCACCAUUGCUGUGGUCACUAGAAGUGCCCUGGUUUAAAUGUCACAUUUGUUGUGAUGGUAAAAAUGUUUGUUUGGUUAUAGAUGUUCCUGACAUGAGUGUAUAACUCCAGGCUCUAGUCUCUCUCUGUGUGGGUUAUAUUAGUAAGGUCAGGGUUGACGUAUUUCAAUAUUGUUGGCAAAAUACAGAGCCAGAGCAUGCAUUUCAGUAGUACAGUAUAUUUCAUGCCCUUUGUGUUCAUUAUGCAAGCUUUUAAUUAAUUAUACCGUGAUUAAGUAAAUGAUUAAUGAAGCUGGUUUUAUCCAGACACCAGGACAGACAGACAGAGGGAGAGGGCUUUCUCCACCUGCGAGGCACAGUGAGGAUGUUGAUGUCCUUUUCUUUAUGCUCUGUAGGUGUUGGGGAACAUAACUACUGCCGUAACCCAGACUCCUCUGAGAAGCCUUGGUGCUACGUGACUGGCCCAGAUGCUGAGACACAGAGACAAUCAUGUGCCAUUGACACCUGCAAAGGUAUUUAGCUGCCCAGUCAUACAAAGAAGAUAUCAGUCUAAUAGAAAUGCAUACACUGACAGUACACAGGUCAACGCACUACAUUGGGAAAAUGUAUGUAAAAUGCUGUUUAAACAUAGCCGUGACGGAGUGAAUAUAUAUUAUGCACACACAUUGAAAUGUAGGUCAGGGCUGGGUAAAAACACAUUACUGAAUGGGGGAAGAAAAGACUGCUUCCUCUGCCCUUCCCUUAAUGUUUUCUCAAUGCAGUUCUUGCAAAGGGAAGUCACUGUAGUUGAGAAAUCUCUAACUUUAAAGAGGUGAAAUGUAAAUGUUUUUCUGAGGAUCUUUCUAACCCUGUGAAUAUUAUUAUUAAGGCCAAAGUGCGAAGCUCUGGAAGUGUUGUGGUGGGAAUGUCCCCCUCAGAGUUGGCCUUGAGAACCAAGCAAACUAUGGGGAGGCAUGUGUUUGUUUCUUGGGAACCUAGAAUGUAUUUCUUCUCAUAAGGAAACUAGAGAUCUUUAGCUGAAGAUUUUUAGACAAGAGAUAUUUGUAGUUCUUUUUUUUUAUUUAUGGUUACGCAACAAUUUAUACACAAACUGCUGCAUUCUUUUUUAAAUAAGCCUGCUGAUUGGGCAUAUCUGGAGAAGUCUCUUCUCCCAUGUGAGAAGCUGUGAGAGAAGAGUUAAUCCACUAUGAGGCUGUUUCCUGGGGGUUUGACCUUUGCUCUCUCAUUGUCUGGGAAGGCAGUGCAUGUCAAACAAUAACAAGGGCCCUGUCCUUACUGAACCUACAGAUGCUACAUUUUAAAGAGCCAUAACUUGUUAGGCAGGUGGCUGCCUAAGGUUAGGUAUACCUCUUACUCAACCCAUUGGUGUGAAAUCGAUAACUUUCCCAUGGAUACAUCAGGCAAUUGGCUACUGCUGGCUAUGACCUCAUGCUCUAACUCCAGCAGAGUUGGUAAACAACUUUUUUGGAGAGCAGAUGUUGCCAUCCGCAGCUCCAGUUUCCUUUCCCAUGAGACCAGGAUCACAUCACCUGUAGUGCACUUCUGCCCCAUUUUGCUGUGAAAUGGCUGUUGUUUUUAAUUAUGUAAUUUCUUUAUAGAACUGCUUCCAAAGUAAACAAAUUAGACUAAUCCAGUAGCUCUCCCUGUCCAUCUGAGGAUAGCCUCUGUGUCAACCAAGUGGAAAUUAGUUUCCUCCUCUAUUCACGCAUUUAUUUUAUCUCAAUGUUUAUUCUACAAUAAAAGCACGUAAAAAGAGCCUCUUCCGACCAGCCUGGGAAAUUUGAAUGAUUAAACAAGAAAUCGAGUUAAAGAAUCUAAUCAACUAUUACUAUGUGUCCUCAAGUACAGAAACCCAAAUACAACAUCAGGAAACACAGAAAGCAAACUAACAUGGCGUUUGGUCAGUGUUUGGGGACUUGAUGUUGAACUUAUUGUCUCCACAGACGAAGCCCCUACAGAGGCAGAAGCAUCAGAGGCAGGCCCCCUCACCAUAGCACAGACUGAGAUCUUUGAGCCGGCCAAGUCUGGGCUUGCCCAGGGAGGGGGUAAUGCAGUCCAGCCAGUCAUGGGCAUCAGCCAGCGGGUACGCACAGGACCCAAGAAGAAGAAGGACCUGGGCACUCUCGGUAUGUCCUGAUCUCACUGCUGAGGCAGAGGGGUUAUAGGGGAAAGGGGGGAUGCCAUAGGGCCAUAACAUGUGAGCCUCAAGGGAUACUCCUAAAAAGAGUGGGCCAGCUUGAUGCAGCUCGGCUUGGUACAAUAAGAUGGAUAUAAAUGGUAAAAUAAAUGAGUAAUAAAGGAUUCAAAAUAUUCUCAAAGGGAUACAAUCAUUAUUUGCCUCACUGCAAGUGAAGUGCACCAAUGUGCAAAUGUUCAAAUACAUACCGUAUAUAAACUUUUGUGAAUUCAGUUUGGUAACCAUAGUGCCUGUGUGUCAUGGUUCUUUCAGGCUAUGUGGUUGGUAUCCUCAUGAUGGCCAUUAUCAUCCUCCUCGGGGUGGGCAUCACCUUCGGAUACUUCUACAAGAGGUCAGUAUCAGCCACUAUGCUACACUAGGUGCUACAACUGGAGACACAGAACAUUACAACCCUAGCUAUGUUUUACUACUUUGUUAGGUUGCAUCAUGUGGUAUGUGUGAGUGACAUAAGAACUAGAACACGUGUCGUGCACCGCUAGACUAAAUGGUGCCUCUCCAGAGAGUAGGAACACAAUGUUACAUCGAUUUGCAACAGAUUCUUCUUUCUACUGCAGAGAGAGACAGAAAUCAAUCAACACCAAAAUGCUCCGCUGUAGUGGUGAUUCAGAACUCGAAUGUAGCGUUGCACAGUCUUGGCACAGCUUAACUUGUUGUGUCCAUGAUGAAGGGAGCAGCUCUGAGUGCUUGGAACCUCUUAGGCGGAAUGUCAGUGAGGUGAGGGAGGGCAUGUGUGGGCAGUGGGCACAGAAUGUUACCAGGAUGUAGAGCGGUGUCGCUCAGAAGUGACGAGACCCACUACCACAAAGACAACAACAACAUGAAAACAAGGAACGGAAGGGAAAAACGGGGGAAGAAAAUGCCUGCAGCCUGGGUAUUUUAGGCACCCACGUUAGACCUGCCCUCAGAGACCAGUGACAUCAGUAAUGUGAUGCUUGCUUAGCCUCCUACAUGUAUAGUAAACACGCAUCAUCACAUAUUGAUGGGGAAUCGAUGCCACCAAUGUUAUGUGUGUACUUUUAAGAGUAGCUUGAAUUAAAAUCGGUCAAGGAAAUUGAUUAGAUCAACUUCCAAUCAUACGUACAUACAGAGUUUUAGCCUUUUUCUUUCUCACGCAGUAAUAUCAGGUUUAGGGAAAAAGUAUAGCCACUGAAGCCCAGGCUUGUCGAGUUAAUGAGACAAGAUUUGGAAGGAUGGCCACACAAGAAGAGCCAAUGGGUAGAAUCAGUGCUGUAGUGGGGCAUAGUGGAGCAGAGCAAAGUUGCGUAAAGUGUCGCAUAGAAGCAGCGGGCAGGAAGAGGCUCCCGUCCAACAGUAUGGCAUGUUCCCUGUGCUGGCUGGGGCUCAGCAGAUAGCAGACCUCAUAACACCCUCAGAUUGUGUCCCGAAUGGCACCCAAUUCCCUACAUAGUGCACUACGUUUGACCAGAGCUCUAUAUAGGGAAUAGGGAGCCAUUUGGGACAGCCCCAGUCACCUGCCUGGACUGGCUUAGCUCAUACUGUAGCUUGCCUGCCACCGCCUACCCCCAGACUCCAUCAAAACGUUCCCUUCCCUGUACCAGACCAGAUACUGCCUCGAACCGCCCCUGUCAUUUCUGCCUCCACAAGAUUAAUGGACACCGUUAAAAAUAUCCUCAUCCAGUGAAAUGAGACUCAGCAUGGGACACUGCCUCUCCUUCUUGUCAUAAAUAGAAAUCAUGACCCAAGCUGGCUCUCCAAGUGUUUUGAAAGAUGAUUCAGGUCAUAGGUUGCUGAGGGUGCUAUGAUGAGCCUCUCUUAGUAAUAGCCAUGUUUUCCUCAAGUUAAAGACAUUAGUCCUGCAAACAGUCCUGCAAACUGCAAUGUGAAAUAGCAACUCUCAACCCCAUGUGUGUAUAAAAUCUGCCCCAACACUAUGAUCAGUACCACAGUCAUCCUAACCUGUUCUGUCUAUGUGUUGUUUGCUGCAGGGGUCGGGACCUGAAGAAGCAGCAUGAGCAGCGUGUGUAUGCGCGGGAGAUGCAGAGGAUCACCCUGCCCCUGUCGGCCUUCUCCAACCCAACCUGUGAGCUGCUGGAUGAAAACACCAUCGUCAUCACGUCCGAGAAGCAGACCCCCACCCAGGAUGGCAUGGUAGGGGAGGGGGGAGACCCCCUGAUUGACCAGCAGGCUGGUACACCAGGAGCCUGAGCACUGACCACCCCACUGGACUGGGAAUGGACCAUGAUAUUCGAACCUCAGAGGACCAAAACACUCCCCUACCCUGACCUCCCUCUGUCCCCAAAUCACCCCCCUUUUAAAGGUCUACGAGGAGAAGGGAAAAAAUACGAGGAGGACUAAUUUCACUCCACGUGGAGACCAUCAGGUGAAUCUGGUGAUGGUUGUGUACAAAAGUGCAUAUCAGGGAUGCUCAUUGAGAAAUAGUGCAUUUGAUAUCCAAGAAAACAUGAUCAUGGGCUGACUCUGAGUCAGAGUUACUGCUUGGAAAGGGGGACUUCAUAGCCUUUUAUUUUCUGCUUUCUUUUUCAUAUUGAGGUGUGGCAGAGUGGUGUUAUGGGCUUACCGGAGAAAACAAUGCUACUCACGUCCCCUGACCCUUUGGCUGUGCUAGGUCAGUUAUGGGAGGGCAUCUAGUAUACAGUAGACGUAUAGGAUAGCCCUGUUAGACAUCUGUUUUUCUAUCUGAAAGACAGUGUUGGGACAGAUGUGUGGAGUAAUGAAUUAGCUUCAGAGAAAAUUAAUAUUAGGUCUAAAUCAGAUCUGCAAAAGAAAAGGCAACAUCUCCCGCUCUCUGAAGCUGUGACGUUGCCUUAGCAUGAUGCAUCUGAAUGUAUUACAUUGUUUCACUGGUGACCUUUCUGUUUAACUAAUCUUAAGGCUAGGUGACAGAAGCCAAUGUGUAGUAACUGCAAACAUCAGACAUUUGUUGGCUAUACAUGCGACAGACUGUAUCUCAGGUUAAGGAGUGACAGGAAAAGGGAAACCUCUUGAAAUCGAAGAGACCGUUUGUUCUCAGGACAAAAAUGCAGCAGAACUGCUGUGAAACAGAAUACCGCUCAGUCUGUUGUCUGGCUAGAACCGGACAGAGCCUGUCUGAAUGACGCCUGGGCAGAAAAUAACAGUCUCGUUAAGGGUUGACUCCUGUGGCAUUAGAUUGAAUUUAGACCAUUGAAUUACGUGUCCCAAACGUUAGGGCAAGCAGUGGAGCAAAGUAAAAGAGUGUAAUGAGGACAUAUAAGUCCAAACCUUUUGAGGUAACCUAGUUUAUUAGAUGUACAGGAUGGUUUAACUGCUUAAUAAGCAGUCUGUCACAUUUUGAAAUGGGAUGCUGAAAGUAAUGCCACAGAGUUGGUUAGAAAAUGUAACAUAUCAUCUGAUUGAUUGACUUCAGCACAAUCUCUUUUGUUGGGAUGAAAUGUAAUAUCUUUCUGCUUUACAUGGUUGCUCGAUUGUUCUGCUAAUGCAACCUUGCAUCAUUCCAAAUUGUAUUUUGUGAUGAGACUAUUCAUCUUUCAAAUGGUUGAAAAUCAUUGGUUACUUCUCAAUCAUUGUGGUUCCUUAAAUUUUGGUGCACUGUUGUUUUGUAAAUAUAGUUUUUCUUCAUUUUUGCAAUGCAUCAAAUACUGUUGCUCCUCAAUGGAGAUUAGUACUUGUAUUUGAAUGUUUGGCAGAUUUUUACUGCUGCGACUGAAAUAAAACGGAUUUUGAAAAAGAUGAA